UUCUUUUGGUCCAGUAGUUGCAUGUUACUAUGCGCUUGCAAAAUCUGUCACAGCCCUACUUCAAUACCUUGCCAACAGGAGCAACGCUACUGCGAACCCAGUUUGUCCGUAAUUUGUCGCAUUGGAUUGGUUAGCCGGCGAUGAUUUAGGGCUCAACUCAGCUAACCAGUGUCCUGCUUCUCCUCUAUAAUACAAAGCUGGGAGAAAAUAUUUUGAUGCUACUGCCUGCGUCUAUAAAGCUAUUAACGAUUCUGACUUGAAUCCAGCCUGGUUUUGUAACGCGGCUGUAAGUUUCUUACGACGCCAGCUGUUUACAGAAAGACAUCAAGAGCAGGAUGUUAUUUAACAUAAGAUGGGCAGACGGAGGCUUCAGCAGAGCACGUGCCAACCUUUCACGCGGGUACAGCGAUGCCAGUCAGUUUCACUUUCAGGAUGGGAAUACUCCAGACACAGCUGGAACAUGACUGCAAAAUCUGUAUCCUUUGCGAUGCUACGGUAUUUGCGUGUGUAAUUUAUUGCCUGUACCGCCUUGAGAGGCAGCAUCCCUCUGAGUGUGGGAUACCAUGGAGCAGUUAGAAGAGGAACUUACGUGUCCAAUCUGCUGCAGUCUCUUCGAGGAUCCACGGGUUUUGCUGUGCUCACACAGCUUUUGCAAGAAAUGUCUGGAGGGACUUUUGGAGGGGAGCCGAGGUGCCACUUUCAGAGCACCUUUCAAAUGCCCCACAUGCCGCAAAGAGUCUCCCCACAACGGCGCAAACAGCCUGCAGAUCAACUAUUCUCUACGCGGAAUAGUGGAGAAGUACAGCAAAAUAAGGGUGAUGCCUAAGAUGUCUGUUUGUAAACAGCACUGCGGCCAGCCUCUAAAUAUAUUUUGCGCCACUGAUUUAAAACUCAUCUGUGGGUUUUGCGCAACAACAGAUGACCACAAAGGGCAUAAAUUCUGCUCCUUGGAGGAGGCAUAUGAACGAGAGAAGGAGGCGUUUGAAGAGCUGCUUCAUGGGGUGGAGAGCUGGCAGUGCGCAGAUAUCCUGUCCUGCCUGGAGACACUACAAGCCAGUAAGAAAAAGGCGCUUCAGUCGGUGACCAAGGACGCAGAAAAGGUAACGGACUACUUCGACAAACUCAUCGGUGCCCUCGAAUGCAAAAAGAACGAGCUUCUCUCCGAUUUCGAAACACUGAAGCUGGUGGUGUUGCAAGCCUACGACCCAGAGAUCACCAAGCUGAGCACAGCGAUUGAGGAGCACAGACGGGCGCUCAGCAUCGCCGAGUCUUUCAGGAGCGUCACCGACCCCCUGUGCUUUCUGCAGCAGAUGCAGGAGUUUCGGGAGAAGCUGUGGGUCCUUAAGGAGACUCUGCCACCCCGUCGGAAAGACAUGGACGUCGGGUCACUUGUGUGCAAUUUCGACGUUAAAAAGUGGGAUUCACUGAGGCUCAGAGAAGUGGACAAGAUUUCAGUCCCCCACGACAGUGGCUCCCACCGCACGCGGGGUUCACGGACAGCAGCAUACAUAUGGAUCAUUUUAUUUAUGGGUUUGUUAGUGCCAACACUGCUCCUGCUGCCGCCGCACAACCUUGCAGCCUACAUGCCCUUGCACAUUGAACCAUUUGUCACAGCAGUUUCCUCGCACCUUGCUCACACUGGUGUGUACCUGCGGGAAAUUACUGACAUGUACACAAGUUUAAUGGAUGCAGGUCAGGAAUGUGUCUUGAAUUUAAUGGACUCUGCUGUCAGUUUUAUUGGCAGUUGUAAGUUGUUUUAAUAAUUAGCUUGUGGCAUCUCUGCUAUGCAGUCACAGCUACAAAUCGUUAUUCAAGUCAGCCGUGAGGUGCGUUUAACCAGUGACAGACAUGCACCUGAAAGUAAGGAAACACUUGUCUACCCAGUUUACAUUGUCUUUUCUUUUUUUUCUGCCCAAACUUUAACCUCAGUGAAGCCAGAGAAUCAAGUAGAAUCAAUCCUCAAUCCAGAGGCUGUGUCUUACAUUUUAAUCAGAUAGACACUAACCCAUAUUUUGUCCACGAAUGUGCUAUUUUCUCUAUCUUAAGAUAUGGCAGUUUUUUUUUAUAUACAUGUCCAAGAUGAUUUAUAAAUAAACCUGAGAAAUUUAA